CUCGGGACGACUUAAACGAAGCCUAUCCCGAUAUGUUGUCGUGUCUGUAACAUAUUCUGUCAUCUGUGUGUCCAGAUUCCACCUACAAAUGUAGGAUCAUCACUGCGUCAUUCACCACAACGAUGCAGUAAAGGGACCGGAUCGUUCCCGAGGCACAAUCUGGAACCAGGCACCUACGAUCCCGUCGGAGUGGGGAGGGCUGGCGGUCCCACCCAAGCUAGCGUAGAAAACAUCCACCAACGCGGGUUCAAAUUCCUGCCAGUUUUCCGGUGUCUGAGACGGUAACUUAGGAUGGAAAUUCCGAACAUUGCAGUCAUGUAGCUCCAGCAUACGCAGCUGUGUCAUAAUCAUGGUAAACACCGCGUCUUUUGGUUCCUUUUCAUGGACCUAACGCAAAUCUAGCUCGCAAACCAGGCUGUCGACAAACAGAGUUGUAUAUCUAUAAUAUAUGCAAGAAGAGCGGAAGCGUCCAGACUAGACUUGGAUAUUCUGGGAUUGGAACUUGGAGAAACCUGGCAGUUUCAAGUGUUUGGAAUUGGUUGUUUUACAACAUUUUAUUCUGAUUUCAUCUGUGGUAUUUGAAGCCAGGCUUGGUACAGACAGGAGAAAUCUGUGCAUGCCGUCUACAGUAUCAGUGGAUGUUGUCUGGAAAUCUUCAACUGUCCCAUGAUGUAAACAUCCGUCAGAAGUGAACUGUGAAGCCACCGGUCCAACUAUGGCAGGAACAAGGCACACUGGCAGGGCUGAGUCGGGUACGAAGACGAUAUCCCUGGAUGACCCCGCCUCAUGGCCUGGCCCCAGGACAGUGAACCUGAAGAGAUGUGGGGAUGGUUUCGGCUUCACCUUACGUCAUUUCAUCGUGUACCCUCCCGACUCUGCCGUACAGGAACAUCUACAGUAUGAAGCAGGAGGUGGUCCUCCACCAGAAGAUACUGAAGGAGGUAUCAGGAAGAAGAAGAGUGGGAAGCUGAGUAAUCUGGAGCCCAUGGACACCAUCUUUGUGAAGCAUGUGAAGGAGGGAGGCCCCGCACAGCAGGCAGGACUCAACACAGGAGACAGGAUCGUGUCUGUAAAUGGAGAAAGUGUGACAGGGAAAACGUACUCUCAAGUCAUAGCACUGAUACAGCAAAGUAAAGAGAACCUACAGCUGUUGGUGGUGCCUAAAGAUGAAGAUGUCUUACAGCUGGCCUACCAGAACUCUGCGUACAGCGGUUUCCGUGACCCAUAUCGAGGCAGCGCCGCGGAGAUUCCCAGUCCGCCCAGUUUGGACAUCCAGUCCAACAAGAGCCUAGCCAGGAUGCAGUCUGCCUCGUACGCAUCUCUUAGGCAGCAAAGUAUAAGUUCGGACUUGGCUGCAGAAAGCACGGGUUCCCUGUCCAGUAUCAGAAGUAGGGACAGUGGAGGGAGUUCCACCUCAGUGGACGUAGCUGGGAAAAACGAUGCCCGCUUUAAGUCUUCGAACAGUGAGAUUUCUCGAAGAAGUUCGGAGUCGGCUUUGGGCAAAAUGGUGGAAAGAUUUGAGAGAAUAGGGGAAGCUCAAGGGUACAGUCCGCAGGAGAGGAGAACACCCUUGUCACAGAAGGUACGGUUUAGGAUACAGGAUGGAAAUACAGUCAUAGAUACGACGGUCGGACGGUCGGCUGCAAAUUCAGAAGUAACUGACACCACAGCUUCCAAAUCGACAAGUAUGGGCUCACAAACUGAUAUAAGGAAACAGGAGGCUGGAGGAAGUAACGCGAGGGAGGAGUCAUCCUUUGUGAACGAGCUACGUUGGGCACACAGGAGUUCUAUGCAUCUAAAACCCGAUCAUUCUCGAUCCUCGUCGGAGCCAGUCGCAGACUCUAGUAACAGAGAAACUUCACAUCUCAGACAUUUGGGAGACUACAGGAGGGGGGGCAGUCCACGCGGUGACAAAGACGAGAGAAAGCAGCACUCUCUUCGCAAGAUAGAUGAAGGCAUGCGAGUGUAUGGCAGCAAAGAGAGCGUGUCCAGCGUAAGAUCUGAUCCGACUGCCGGAAUUAGAGUCACAACUGAGAGAAGGGAGACGGGGGGAAAGACUAUCCACAUCAAGAUCCCCAAGGCACAGUCGUUGGACGUACAAGCAGGGUACACCCCAGAGAUAGGCAGGAAGACCUCGGUGGAUGUGGAAAGCAGAAGUGCGGCCAAAAGAAUACCCGUCAGUUCCACUACAGUCGCAGCCAGGACUGCACAGUUCGAGACGAGGGUUCAGAAGACAGCUUCCACACCCACCAUACAGAGGCAUAGCACGGACUGGGAACCUAAGAGAUAUCCUCUUCAAGGUAAGAAGGACUCUGACCAAUCCACCGGUACCAAGACGUUUGUACCAGAGACGUCAGAUCAGAAGGUGGACAUGUCCGGGAUCCACUACGCGACCAGGGUGCGGGUGACAUCAGACGGAGAGAUUGCAUCCGUUUCUGUCCCAGCUAACGAAGAUUCGUCAGGAAAAAAGAGUUCGUUAGUGAGAAAGGAGUCGUACAUCCACGCGAUGGAGGCAGGUAGUGCGAGAACAACAGCCAGUGGUGCCAACCUGAAAAAGACUCUGACUGUGAACGUCAGGAAAAGCAGCUCGGGAGGAUUGACAUCCAGCUUAACAGCAGCUCUCCCCAUGGACAUGACUUCCAAGCUAAGCUCAGGGACUCAUGCUCAGGCCAUUGUAACCUGCUCUGUUGCUGCUGCUCAAGCUGACAACACCUCAGCUUCCUGCAAUACCAGUAACGAUCACACGGUGGUGGUUUUGAGGGAGAAAAAUGUUAACUCAGGUGCUGACCAGCUGCGCAGCACACGCCGCUCCUCCUACCUGAUGGCCACAUCACCUGAAGCUGACCAGCUGACUCCAGAAGGGGACGAUGUGUUCACUGACAAAGAACCAUAUCACACUCCACAAAGGAUGCCCAGCAUAAGGAAACUUAAGAGUUUCUUUGGAGAAAAUACCCCUAAGAUCCAGGAAGCGACAGAGGAAAGCCUGGCUGUGAGAAGGUCCUCAGAGUCAGCACCCGUGGCCGUCACUGCUUCUGAUGUUAUCAAGGAGGGCUGGCUCAACUACAGGCUGUCCAUUAAUGAGAAAGGAAAGCGUGUAAGCGGUGCAAAGUGGAAGGAGGCUUGGGCAGUGUUGAAAGGACACAUGUUGUACGUCUGCAAGGACAGAAGAACUGGACCAUUGACUGUUGCAGUAGGAGAUGAGAACCCCAUUAGUAUAAAGGGGAGCAUCCCGGACAUCGCGUAUGACUACACCAAGAGGAAGAAUGUGUUCAGGCUGUUGACUCACAGCACAGUCAACUGUGUCGAGUAUCUGUUUCAGGCUGAGAACCAUGAUGACAUGCUGUCCUGGAUCUCAGCUAUCCAGAACAACUCUGCACAGGAUGAUGAGGAAGCAGUAGGCAGCCGUGAGCUUAUCCUGAAGAGACAUACGCAGUACGGGGAUCUUCUGAAUCUGAGAGUUGUACCUAGGAUAAUAGUAAGGAGUGCUGUCAAACUUUUCUUAAGCCCCCAGGCCACAGGGCGGGCCGCGCCUUCCCCCACUAUCCAGCUACGGGGACUGACCAGGCGCCCCAAAGGUUCCCAACCCUCUCCCUCCACCUUCAGGAAAGCCAUCAAAGGCCCUGAGGACUAUGUUGGAUCAGUCAAGACGAAGCAGAAUUGGAAGGAGUGGUUCAGAAAACUUGGUCCCAAGGCCUCCUCAUCACCAGAACCUAUUGGGAUGUUUGGGGUCCAUCUGGAAGAGUGUACACCGUCUGGUUCCAACGAGUAUGUACCCCUUAUUGUGGAGCUAUGUUGCACGAUUGUGGAAGCGAAGGGCCUGGAGGUCAUCGGCAUCUACAGGAUUCCUGGGAACUCCUCAGGAGUGGCUCACCUUCAGGAGGAGCUCAACAAAGGCAUCGAAAACAUCAACCUGGACGAUGAGAAAUGGGGUGACACCAACAUCAUCAGCUCUCUCCUGAAGUCUUUUUUCCGUAAACUUCCAGAUCCACUGGUCACCAACCACAUGUAUGGCAGAUUUAUUGAUGCAAACAGACACAAGGAUUCCAGGAAAAGAAUGUGGUCACUCCGGGAACUGGUCCAUGCAUUGCCUGAUCACCACUUUGAAACUCUGAAGUUCCUAGUUGGCCACCUGAAGAAAGUGGCAUCAAAGUCUUACAUCAACAAGAUGGAGGUGCGGAACCUAGCCAUCGUGUUUGGCCCCACCCUGGUGAGGACGACCCAGGAUAACAUGGCCAUCAUGAUCCAGGACAUGUCGGACCAGUGUCGGAUAGUGGAGAGCAUCAUCAGACAUGUAAGACAUGUUUAA